UUGCAGGGUAAGCUUUUUGACUCUACGGUAACUGACGAAGGAACAUGGACCUUAGAAGACAGGAAGCUGAUACGAAUUGUUCUGAUGAAGACAAAUCGAGAUGCUGGAAACUGUUGGACAUCUCUGUUGGAAAAUGAGUAUGCUGCUGAUCCUUGGGUACAGGACCAAAUGCAAAGGAAACUUACGCUGGAGCGAUUCCAAAGAGAGAACCCUGGAUUUGACUUCAGUGGGGCAGAAAUUUCUGGAAAUUACAGCAAAGGAGGACCGGACUUUUCUAGUCUUGAAAAGUAA